AUGCCAACUUUUAUGCGUAAAGUACCAACUACAUGUGUCAAGAAUGCCACCUAUUAUAUUCCUAAGCUGUGUACAGCCAAGUGUAUUCCUAAACUGUGUACAGCCAAGUGUAUUCCUAAACUGUGUACAAGCAAGUGUAUUCCUAAACUGUGUACAGCCAAGUGUAUUCCUAAACUGUGUACAGCCAAGUGUAUUCCUAAACUGUGUACAGCCAAGUGUAUUCCUAAACUGUGUACAGCCAAGUGUACUCCUAAACUGUGUACAGCCAAGUGUAUUCCUAAACUGUGUACAUCCAAGUGUAUUCCUAAACUGUGUACAGCCAAGUGUAUUCCUAUACUGUGUACAGUCAAGUGUAUUCCUAAACUGUGUACAGUCAAGUGUAUUCCUAAACUGUGUACAGCCAAGUGUAUUCCUAAACUGUGUACAGUCAAGUGUAUUCCUAAACUGUGUACAGUCAAGUGUAUUCCUAAACUGUGUACAGCCAAGUGUAUUCCUAAACUGUGUACAGCCAAGUGUAUUCCUAAACUGUGUACAGCCAAGUGUAUUCCUAUACUGUCUGACCAGCUGGUGUCGUCGUGUUGUUGUAUUCCUCCUUAA